GUAUGAGUCGCAACACCACCAAUGUACCAUCGAUGCAAGCCCCAGGAAAUUGGCAAUCUGGACAGGGAUAUGGAGCCUAUGAUUGGAAUAAUAAUAACUACUGGAACUUGAUGCAACAUUUGCCUCCUUCGGGGGCUCCUCUGAAUGCCAGUGGAACUUUGCCUGUGGAGGAAAGAGUGAGGACAGGAUCUUCGGGCUUAACCAGUGUUUCAGUACCACCUGAUUCUCAUAUGCAUGUUCUAGUCCUUGAUGACAUCAACCCUAGGCUGGGCCAAUCAAUCAUGCAAGACAAGCAAAAGAAAGCCUCGAACAAGCUGAGGAAAGGAAUUUACAACCCACGGAGAAGGAGAUCACUGAACCUGUACUAUAGAGACAAUGCCCGAAAUAUGCUCAAUGAGAAGGAUAAAAAAGAGGACGACAACGAUUAUUACAGGUGUGCCAUUUGCUUGGAAGAUUUUGAACCUAGACAGGAGGUUAUGGUCACUCCAUGCAGUCAUGUUUUCCAUGGAGAAUGUAUCUUGCCAUGGGUGAAGAGCAGCAGUCGAUGCCCAGUUUGCCGGUUUGCGAUUCCUCAGUGAAUGAGAGAUUGUAGAAUGCAAAUCCAAUGACCUUUAGCAAUAACACUACACCUGUAAUACCUACAGCCUAAAAGUCGGUAUACUCACGGGAGAGCUUUUGUCUAGUAUAAGAGCCAAUGAAGAAGCAUUUGAAUAGACUCCCUCGACUUCUAUUGCCACUGUUGUUACUGUCUAGAUUUUGUUUGUGUAUUGAUGAUCUAAAUUUUGAAAGGAUGAAGCAAGGUAAUGAGUACAUAAAUUGAAUUGGGUCU